UCUUGUUGCUUCGUCCCACAGCCACAGCGCAAAGGGAGGGAAGAUGGCGGCGGCCCAGUCCGACAGAGACGCAUCGUCCGCGUUGUGCUCCGAGUUCCUGAGUUUCUCCGCCAAAGACACCGCGGCGCGAUGGCUGGCGGCGGCCGACCUGCAGCAGGAGAUCUACGGCCACCUUGCUACGUACGUACCCAGAAUCCUUUGCGUGGGUGUGAGCGGGGGCAGCCGGGAGGAGCAGCGGGAGGAGCUCGCCUGUCAGCUGCUCCUAUUGGCUCCUCUGGAGUGGCUGCUGCUGGGGGCGGAGCCUGCUGCCGGCCUGGCGGCGCUGCAGGAGAACAACACGCCGUCUCCGCUCUGUGGACAUGUGUUCAAGGUGGGGGAGCCCACCUACUCCUGCAGGGAGUGUGCAGCUGACCCGACGUGUGUUCUGUGCAUGCAGUGUUUCCUGGGCAGCGUUCACAAAGACCAUCGAUACAGGAUGACCACAUCAGGAGGGGGGGGGUUCUGUGACUGUGGAGAUGCUGAAGCCUGGAAGAAAGGUCCUUACUGCCAUAAACACACUCCGACGUCCAGCAGCAGAGACUCAGAGGAGGACCCUGUAUCUCUGCUUCCUGUUGACAUGGUGGCUCGUGGUUCCAGCAUCUUCUCUGUCCUGCUGAGGUACGCUGUCUCCAUGCUGACCUGGGACCAGGAGGACCAGCUCCCUGCAGGACUGGAGCCCCCGGAGCGAGGAGACUCGUACUACUGCAUGCUGUUUAAUGAUGAAGUCCACACGUAUGAGCAGGUGAUCUACACGCUGCAGAAAGCUGUCAACUGCAGCCAGAAGGAGGCCGUCAGCUUCGCCACCACGGUGGACAGAGACGUCAGAGCGAGGAACAUCUACCACCAGCUGCUGAUGAACAGCCUCCUCAUGGACCUCAAGUACAAGAAGAUCUUCGCCAUACAGUUUGCAAAGGUAACACCUGACCUAUAG